CUGGACGGUCGGCAGUACGCUGUGAAGAAGAUCAAGCUAGAGAGCGGCUCGCCGUCCGCCUACGCGCGCAUCACGCGCGAGGUGGCUACGCUGAGUCGGCUGCAGCACCCCAACGUGGUGCGGUACUUCCAGGUAAGCGGCUUCACACGGCACAUGCUCGGAUCAACACUUUCCUCUCCCUCGCAUCCUUCGGGUCUCUCCCAUGUCGGUUGCCUCUUUCGCCCCCAACGCCCAGGCCUGGCGUACAUCCACAGCCAGGGUGUCAUUCACCGCGACCUAAAGCCCGCCAAUAUCUUCUAUGGUGCUAACGGCGAAAUAAAGCUGGGUGACUUUGGCCUG